UUUCCUCGGCACUCAGCUGCUUCCUCAACAGUGCCCUCAAACCUCCCAAGACACUGCUCCCAGCAGUCAGCCCACCUCCAGCUUCCCAGGAUGCACCCCUUGCGGCUGCUCAUUUACCUGGGCACAGUGCUGGUACCGAGCCGUGGAUUCAGCGUGGAUGUGGCGGGACCCAUCACCUUCCAGGAGGCAGCCAGGGGGUUCGGGCAGAGCGUGGUGCAGUUCGGGAGUGCCGGAGCUGGGGGCCUGCUUGUCGGGGCCCCGCUGCAGAUGGGAGACGUGAAUGAAAUCGGCAAAGUCUACAAGUGCGACCCAGGCUCCAGACGCUGCCAGGAGAUCCCCAUCCAGAGGCCCCCCGAUGCGGUGAACAUGUCCCUCGGAUUGUCUCUGGCUGCCCGGGGCUCCAAUCUUCUGGUUUGCGGCCCCACGGUGCACCGGGCCUGUGGGGAGAACAUGUACAUCAACGGCUACUGCUUCCUCCUGGACCAGAGCCUCCAGCAGCUUCAGCGCAUCCCGGACACCCUGGCAGAGUGCCCCAGGCGUGCCACAGACAUAGCGCUCCUCGUCGACGGCUCGGGCAGCAUCAAACCAGAAAACUUCAGAAAGAUGCAGACUUUCAUCUCUGAGAUCAUGAAGCGUUUCCGCAGCACCGAUACCCAGUUCGCCCUCAUGCAGUACUCGCACAGAUUUAGAGAGCACUUCGACUUCUUCCAGUACAGUAGGAGUCGCGACCCCGAUGACCUUGUCAGGGCAGUCACACAGCUCACGGGAGCGACGCACACUGCCACUGCCAUCCAGAAAGUGGUGCGGGAGCUGUUCACCUCUGGGAGAGGCGCUCGGGAUGAGGCCACCAAGAUUCUCAUUGUGAUCACAGAUGGGCAGAAAUACAAAGACCCGCUUUCUUAUUCAGAUGCCAUCCCCGAGGCUGAGAGAGCUGGGAUCAUCCGCUACGCCAUCGGGGUCGGCGAGGCCUUCUCCAGGGCUGCUGCCCAAUGGGAGCUCCAGGAGAUCGCCUCUGAGCCCACUGACGAGCAUGUCUUCCGGGUGGACAAUUUUGACGCCCUCCAGGGCAUCCAGAAUCAGCUGCAGGAGAAGAUCUUUGCCAUCGAAGGCACCCAGUCCCAGAGCGGCAGCUCCUUCCAGCUGGAGAUGUCCCAGGAAGGAUUCAGCUCCUUGCUGUCCCCUGACGGGCCUGUGCUGGGAGCGGUGGGAGCCUAUGACUGGUCCGGCGGGAUAUUCCUGUACGGGAGCGGCGGGCAGCCGAGCUUCAUCAACGUAUCCAGAACCUCCACUGACAUGAAUGAUGCUUACCUCGGUUAUUCGUCUCAGCUCAUCACAGCCAAUGGGCAGAGCAGCUACAUGGUCGGGGCCCCUCGCUAUCAACACGCCGGCAAAGUCGUCCUGUUCAGCCGGGAUACCAAUGGUGGGGAAUGGACACCCAGAUGGGAUCUGCAGGGGGAGCAGGUCGGCUCGUAUUUCGGGGGUACGCUGUGCGCUGUGGACCUAAACAGAGAUGGGAACACGGACCUGGUUCUGAUCGGAGCCCCCACGUACUAUACACCUCUGAAUGGAGGGCGCGUCUAUAUCUGCUCGUUUAGCCAGCAGGGGGUGACGCUGAGGUGUAGGAGAACACUGCAGGGGCAGACGGGGCAGGCGUUCGGGCGCUUCGGGGCCAGCAUGUCAGAAAUCGGGGACAUCAGCGGGGACGGAUGGAGAGAUGUGGCCAUUGGGGCUCCCAUGGAGAAUGACAAUCGCGGGGCCUUGUACAUUUUCCAUGGGGAAAAGAGAGGCCUCAGACCCCAGUACAGACAGCGCAUCGAGGGGUCGCUGUUUCCCAGCAGGCUGCACUACUUUGGCCAGGCCGUCAGUGGCGGGACAGACCUGACGGGGGACGGACUGCCAGACAUCGCGGUGGGGGCACAAGGGCAGGUCCUGCUGCUGAGGUCUCGGCCGGUGCUCAGAGUCGGGGUCUCCAUCAGUUUCCAGCCCCCCAGGAUCCCAACCUCAGUCUUCCACUGCCAGGGGCAGGAGCAGCUCAACACGGAGGCCAGCAGGGCAAAUAUCUGCUUCACCAUCACUAAGGGCACCAUGGACAGCCUAGGCAACAGGAUCUCCAGCACCAUCCAGUACAGCCUGGCCCUGGACCCCGGGCGGACGAAGAUCCGAGCCACCUUCGUCUCCAAUGGCCCCGUCCUGAGCGGGGAGCUGCAGCUCGGCAUCGAGACGAGAUGUGAGACAUACCAGAUAACAUUACCUCUCUGCCCAGAGGACACCCUGACCCCCAUCACCCUGCGCCUCAACUACACCCUGACGGGGGAGCCCAUUGCCGUUGUCCAUCGCCUCAGACCCAUCCUGAGCGAGGACUCCACCGUGAUGACUUCAGGCGUGCUCCCGUUUGAGAAGGACUGUGGCACUGACAGCAUCUGCACUGAUGAACUACAAAUUUCCUUCAGUUUCUCUGGCUUGAGCACCCUGGUGGUGGGGGUCACCCCCAAACUCAACAUCACCGUCUCCAUCCAGAACCGCGGGGAGAAUUCCUACAGCACCACGGUGCGGUUCUUCUACCCGGCCGCGCUGUCCUACCGCCGGGUCCUGCUGCUCCAGUCUAACAGGAGGGCCAUGGUCAUUAAGUGCAGCUCGGCCGUGGGCUCCGAGGAGCAGACUCAGAGGAACAGCACCUGCCACAUCAACCACCCCAUCUUCUGGAGUGGGGCCAAGGCCACUUUCAUCGCCACCUUUGACGUCUCCCCCAAAGCCGAUCUGGGGGACAGUCUGCAGAUCACAGCCAAAACCAGCAGUGACAAUGGCGGCCCCAUCACCGAGCGCAUGAUUCACCGGGCGGAGCUGCCGGUCAAGUACGGCAUCUUCCUCAUCCUCACCAGCCUCGAGGAGUCCACCAAGUACGUCAACUUCUCCGCCGAGGAGGCAGGGACAAGUAUGCCAGUGACACAUGGGUACGAGGUCAAGAACCUGCGGCAGCGAAGCGUCCCCAUCUCGGUCACGUUCCAGUUCCCCGUGGAGCUGAGCGGGGUCCGGGUGUGGGACGCCUCUGAGGUCGUCCCCUCCAAGCCCCAGCUGGCUCAGUGCACCAGUGAGGCUGAAACGCCGGGUUCGAAGGACUUUGUGAAGCAGAUGAGCGAGCGCCCCCUGCUGGACUGCUCUGUGGCCACCUGUAAGAAGAUCCGGUGCAGAAUCGCCUCCCUGGAAUUGCAGCAGCCGCUGGAGUUUAUGAUCAAAGGGAACGUCAGCUUCCAGUGGGUCUCCCAGACUCAGCAGCAGAAAGUGAGUCUGGUGAGCGAGGCCCGGAUUGAAUACGAGGAGAAGAAAUACACCCAGAAGGAGGGAUUCGUCCAGCGCCAGGUGCAGACGUUGGUGGAGCGCUCCGAGGUCUAUAACUACUUGCCCAUCAUCAUGGGCAGCAGCGUGGGGGGCCUGGUCCUGCUGGCUCUCAUCACCGCAGCCCUCUACAAGCUCAACUUCUUCAAGCGCCAGUACAAGAAGAUGAUGGAGGACGCGAGGGAUGGUGCUGGGGCCAGGCUGGACCAGAGCAACUCUGCCAAUGUCUGCCUCAGCCCCAACCUCCCCAAAUAAUAGCCCCCCCUGCCCUGCCCCGCCCCAGAAUGCUCUGCUUCUGCCUUCCCGCACAUCCGCCCCCCAUGGACUGCUCUGGAUCUGCAUUCUGAUGACCUACUUGCACUCAGAACAUAGCCCUAUAACAACCAUGUGGGGCUGGGAGUCUGGACUCAUGAAUUCUCUCCCCAGCUCUGGGAGGGGAGUGGGGUCUAGUGGUUAGAGCGGACGGGGGAAGCUGGGAGACAGGACUCCUGGGUUCUAUCCCCAGCUCUGGAAGGGGAGUGGGGCCUAGAGGGUUAGAGCUGGUUCUAUCUCUGGCUCCAGUAAGGAACUGGGGUCUAGUGGUGGGAACGGGCAGGGGAAGCUGGGAGACAGGACUCCUAGGUUCUAUCCCUAGCGGAUGAGAGGUCUGUGGUAUGCGAGAUCAGAAUAAUAGGGGACGUGAACCCUCUUGCAAAGCGAUGGAUGCUAAGGAGCUCAGUGUGUUCAGUUUAUUAAACAAAGAUUGAGGUGUGA